CUAUUCUUAUACCAAACGGCGCGAUAGGAUAAGCAACAGGGCGGACGUUGCACAGGACUCUCCUUCAUCGAUAGGUACUUCUUCAUGCGAGCAAGAGUGCAAGUCCAGGCUUCUCUCGUUGCGCCAUCACCCGUGACCACUACAUUGGCGGUGACUUUGCCCAGCUGUCCUUCCCUCACAACGCGCAGCAUCUUCUUAUCCGGGACCGUUGGCGGUGUACACUCCUCUUCGAGCGGUGACAGGACCGUGACGAGGGGACUAUCAUGGACGGCCAUGGCUCUACCUGGGCAAGGGCAAAGACUACGAAUGAGCUUCACCGGAAGGAAAAUGGUAGAAGUCGUGUUACAGGUCUCUGUGGGGUCUGCUCCCAAACGGUUGCUCGCCUACUGCCUCUUUGCAGGCGCAGCACAUCAUGUCACAUCCUUGCGCAUGCAGAACAUAUGCUGUUAAUGUACUUUUCGGGAACGAACUUCCAAGCGAAGAACG